AUAAGAAGGCAAUGGAUUUUGGGGAAGAUACGGACAUUAGCCUACUAUUAUGAUAUUUUUUUCUGAAAACGUAUAGAUGUAAAAUCAUGUUGAUGUUUUUUUUAUAGCCAGACCAGACCAUUAUGCAGAUUUCGUGACAUCACUAGAAUGAACUGCCAAGAAACCGUUCUAAUGCAACCAUAUGCUGAUGCCUUGUCUUUGUAGGUUACAGCUGCUCUGGCUAUAUUAUAUUCAAGACGUGGGGCGUUUAGAGUAAAUCCGGUGUUUUGCCAAUAGAACAACCCAUUUGCAAUCUUACGGUAUCUUCAUUGUGUCACACGCGCCUUGGGUUCCUUUUGUGGCGCCGGGGCUGAGAGAGGAGGAGGUAGAAUUUUAAACAAUAGAGCGCAAAAUACAGCCCUGCUCCUUAGAGCUUGUAACAAGGACGGGAACCUACGACUGGAAAGCGAACAGCUGUGACAAAGAACUCAAGAACAUGAAGAAGCUCGUGCACUGAUUUGGUUAUAGUAAUCACUGGAUAUACUUCGCGCUACGUUGUCUCUGACAUCCUCAAGGAGAAAACAUGAAUUCAGCUGAAGGAGCCGAGGAGGGACCAAAUGAUUCCGAUACGGAUGCGUUUUUCAAAACAGGGUCCUUCAGGAACGAUGGGAUUAAGGCAUCAGAUGUCCUGCCUGUGCUGAAAGAGAAAGUGGCCUUUGUGUCAGGAGGCCGUGAUAAGAGAGGUGGCCCCAUACUGACCUUCCCUGCCAGAAGCAACCAUGACAGAAUAAAACACGAGGAACUGCGGCGGCUGGUGACCUAUCUCUCCACUGUGCCCAGUGAGGACGUGUGCAAGCGGGGCUUCACAGUGAUCAUUGAUAUGCGCGGUUCCAAGUGGGACCUGAUCAAGCCUCUACUGAAGACCCUGCAGGAAGCCUUCUCUGCUGAGAUCUGCGUGGCGCUCAUCAUCAAACCGGACAACUUCUGGCAGAAGCAGAAGACCAACUUUGGCAGUGCCAAGUUCACGUUUGAGACUAGCAUGGUGUCAGUGGAGGGCCUGACUAAGUUGGUGGACCCAUCCCAGCUGACGGACGACUUUGAGGGCUCUCUGGAGUACAACCACGAGGAGUGGAUGGAUCUGCGCGUGGCCCUGGAGGAGUUCAUGGGCUCGGCCGUGCACCUCCUCUCCCGCCUGGAGGACCUCCAGGAGCUGCUGGCCAAGAAGGAGUUCCCGGUGGAUGUGGAGGGCUCACGGCGGCUCAUCGACGAGCACACGCAGCUCAAGAAGAAGGUGAUGAAGGCUCCCGUGGAGGAGCUGGACAGGGAGGGCCAGAGGCUGCUUCAGUGUAUCCGCUCUAGUGAUGGGUUUUCUGGGAGGAACUGCAUCUCGGGUAGCGCUGACUUCCAGAGCGUGGUGCCUAAGAUCGCCAGCCUGCUGGACAAGCUGCACUCCACCAGACAGCACCUGCACCAGAUGUGGCACGUCCGCAAGCUCAAGCUGGACCAGUGUUUCCAGCUCCGCCUCUUUGAGCAGGAUGCAGAGAAGAUGUUUGACUGGAUCAGUCACAAUAAGGAAGUGUUCCUGCAGAGCCACACAGAGAUCGGAGUCAGCUACCAGCACGCCGUGGACCUCCAGACGCAGCACAAUCACUUUGCCAUGAAUUCUAUGAAUGCCUAUGUGAACAUCAACCGGAUCAUGUCGGUGGCGUCACGCCUGUCGGAGGCGGGCCACUACGCCUCGCAGCAGAUCAAACAGAUCUCGGCCCAGCUGGACCAGGAGUGGAAGAGCUUUGCCGCCGCCCUGGAUGAACGCAGCACCAUCCUGGCCAUGUCGGCCGUCUUCCACCAGAAGUCGGAACAGUUCCUGGCUGGGGUGGAGGCCUGGUGUAAGAUGUGCAGUGAGGGGGGGCUGCCCUCGGAUAUGCAGGACCUGGAGCUGGCCAUCCACCACCACCAGACCCUCUACGAACAGGUGACCCAGGCCUAUACCGAGGUCAGUCAGGAUGGCAAGGCCCUGCUGGAUGUCCUCCAGAGACCACUGAGCCCGGGGAACUCAGAGUCUUUGACGGCCACAGCCAACUACUCCAAGGCAGUCCACUGUAUCCUGGACGUGGUCCACGAGGUCCUGCACCACCAGAGGCGUCUGGAGAGCAUCUGGCAGCACCGGAAGGUCCGCCUCCACCAGAGGCUACAGCUCUGUGUGUUCCAACAGGACGUCCAACAGGUGAUGGACUGGAUAGAGAACCACGGAGAGGCAUUCCUCAGCAAACACACAGGCGUGGGCAAGUCCCUCCACCGCGCCAGGGCACUACAGAAACGGCACGACGACUUUGAGGAGGUGGCACAGAACACCUACACCAACGCAGACAAGCUCCUGGAGGCGGCAGAGCAGCUGGCCCAGACUGGGGAAUGUGACCCGGAGGAAAUCUACAAAGCAGCACGGCACCUGGAGGUCAGGAUCCAAGACUUUGUUCGGCGGGUGGAGCAGAGGAAACUGCUGCUGGACAUGUCUGUCUCCUUCCACACCCACACCAAGGAGUUGUGGACAUGGAUGGAGGAUCUCCAGAAGGAGCUGUUGGAGGAGGUGUGUUCAGACUCGGUGGAGUCAGUCCAGGAGCUCAUCAAGCAGUUCCAGCAGCAGCAGACAGCCACGCUGGAGGCUACGCUCAACGUCAUCAAGGAGGGAGAAGACCUCAUCCAGCAGCUCAGGGAUGCUGCCAUGUCCACCAACAAGAUGCCCCACAACAGCUCCAUCGCCCACAUUGAGAGUGUCCUGCAGCAGCUGGAUGAGGCCCAGGGCCAGAUGGAGGAGCUGUUCCAUGAGAGGAAGAUCAAGCUGGACAUCUUCCUGCAGCUACGCAUUUUUGAGCAGUACACCAUCGAGGUGACGGCGGAGCUGGACGCGUGGAACGAGGACCUGCUGCGCCAGGUGAACGACUUCAAUUCGGAGGACCUGACCCUGGCCGAGCAGCGGCUGCAGCGCCACACGGAGCGCAAGCUGGCCAUGAACAACAUGACCUUUGAGGUGAUGCAGCAGGGACAAGACCUGCACCAGUACAUCAUGGAGGUCCAGGCCUCAGGCAUUGAGCUGACUGGGGAAAAGGAGGUGGAUCUGGCCACUCAGGUCCAGGAGCUGCUGGAGUUCCUCCAUGAGAAGCAGCAUGAGCUGGACGUCAGCGCUGACCAGACCCAGAAGAGACUGCAGGAGUGUCUGCAGCUCCGACACCUGCAGUCAGAGGUCAAACAGGUCCUGGGCUGGAUCCGGAAUGGGGAGUCCAUGUUGAAUGCCAGCAUGGUGAAUGCCAGCUCGCUGUCAGAGGCAGAGCAACUCCAGAGGGAGCAUGAACAGUUCCAGCUGGCCAUCGAGUCCCUGUUCCAUGCCAAUUCCCUCCAGAAGACCCACCAGAGUGCCCUGCAGGUACAACAGAAGGCUGAAGUCAUGCUCCAGGCGGGCCACUUUGACCCGGACGGCAUACGGGCCUGCGCCGAGAAGGUGGCCAUGCACUGGCAGCAGCUCAUGCUCAAGAUGGAGGAUCGACUCAAGCUGGUCAAUGCUUCUGUGGCCUUCUACAAGACCUCCGAGCAGGUAUGUAGUGUGCUGGAGAGUCUGGAGCAAGAGUACAGGAGAGAUGAGGACUGGUGUGGUGGCCAUGACAAGCUGGGAGCCAUGGCUGAGACGGACCAUGUCAUCCCCCUCAUCAGCAAACACCUGGAGCAGAAGGAAGCCUUCCUCAAGGCUUGCACAUUGGCCAGGAGAAAUGCUGAGGUGUUCCUGAAGUACAUCCACAGGAAUAAUGUUGGUAUACCUGGUGCUUCAGGCCACGCCAGAGGACCCGAGCAACAGGUUAAAGCCAUCCUCAACGAGCUACUCCAGAGGGAGAACCGGGUUCUGCACUUUUGGACCAUGAAGAAACGCUGCCUGGAUCAGUGCCAGCAGUACGUGGUGUUCGAACGCAGCGCCAAACAGGCCUUAGACUGGAUCCAGGAAACAGGAGAGUAUUACCUCUCCACUCACACCUCCCCUGGAGAGAGCGGCGAGAGGAGUCAGGAACUACUGAAGGAAUAUGAGGAAUUUCGAGUCUCCGCUAAGCAAACCAAGGAGAAGGUGAAGCUCCUCAUUCAGCUGGCCGACAGCUUCGUGGAGAAGGGCCAUGUGCACGUCACUGAGCUGAAGAAGUGGGUCACCACGGUGGACAAGCGCUACCGAGACUUUUCCCUCCGGAUGGGGAAGUACCGCUCCAGCCUGGAGAAAUCACUGGGCAUCAGCUCCGAGGAUAAUAAGGACUUGGAGCUGGACAUCAUCCCAGCCAGCCUGACUGAUCCUGGGGAGGUGAAGCUCCGCGACCCCAACCACGAGGUCAACGAGGAGAAGAGGAAAUCAGCCAGGAAGAAAGAGUUCAUAAUGGCUGAACUCCUUCAGACUGAGAAGGCCUAUGUCAGGGACUUGCAUGAAUGUUUAGAGACGUACCUGUGGGAGAUGACGAGUGGGGUGGAGGAGAUCCCGCCUGGCAUCGUCAACAAGGAGCACAUCAUCUUCGGCAACAUCCAGGAGAUUUAUGAUUUCCAUAACAGCAUUUUCCUCAAAGAGCUAGUGAACUAUGAACAGCUACCUGAAGAUGUGGGCCAUUGUUUUGUCACAUGGGCUGAUAAAUUCCACAUGUAUGUCAAUUACUGUAAAAACAAACCGGAUUCCAGCCAACUCAUCUUGGAGCAUGCUGGAAGCUUCUUCGACGAAAUCCAGAAGCGACACGGAUUGGCCAACUCAAUCUCCUCCUACCUUAUCAAGCCAGUGCAGAGGAUCACUAAGUACCAGCUUCUCCUCAAGGAGCUGCUGACCUGCUGUGAGGAGGGGAAGGGGGAGAUUAAGGACGGCCUGGAGGUUAUGCUUAGUGUCCCCAAGAGGGCCAACGAUGCUAUGCAUGUCGCCAUGCUGGAAGGUUUCGAUGAGAAUCUGGACGUGCAGGGAGAGCUGUUCAUCCAGGACACGUUCCAGGUGUGGGAUCCCAAGUCUCUGAUCCGGAAGGGCCGGGACCGCCAUCUCUUCCUGUUCGAGAUCUCCCUGGUGUUCAGCAAGGAGAUCAAGGACUCGGCCGGACGCACCAAAUACGCCUUCAAGAACAAACUGCUGACAUCAGAACUGGGCGUGACAGAGCACAUUGAAGGGGACCCCUGUAAGUUUGCCCUGUGGGCUGGAAGGACCCCCUCAUCUGACAACAAGACUGUCCUCAAGGCGUCCAGUAUUGAAGCAAAGCAGGAGUGGAUCAAGAACAUCCGGGAGGUGAUCCAGGAGAGGAUCAUCCACCUCAAGGGGGCGCUGAAGGAGCCCAUCCACAUGCCCAAAACGCCGGCCAAGCCACGCAACAACAGCAAGAGGGAUGCCGGUGAGGAUGCAGACAGCCAGGGUGACGGCAGCAGCCAGCCAGACACCAUCUCCAUCGCCUCCAGGACCUCCCAGAACACUGUGGACAGUGAUAAGCUCUCCGGAGGCUGUGAGUUGACGGUGGUGCUGCAGGACUUCACAGCGGGUUGUUCGAGCGAGCUCAGCCUCCAGACGGGUCAGACUGUGGAGUUGCUGGAGAGGCCCAGUGACCGCUCUGGCUGGUGUCUGGUGCGAACCACCGACCGUAGCCCCCCUCAGGAGGGCCUGGUGCCCAGCUCGGCCCUCUGUAUCUCCCACUCCCGCAGCAGCGUGGAGAUGGAGUGCUUCUUCCCCACAGGAAAAGAGAACUACUCGGUCAGUGGGCCCGAGGGAGUGAAGACCGAGUCGGUGGCCAGCCUACAGCCCCAGGCCUCCCAGAGCUCCAUCCAUUCAAGCUCUCCGGGACCGAAGCGCUCGGGUAACACCCUGAAGAAGUGGCUGACCAGCCCUGUGCGCCGCCUCAGCCACGGCAGCAGCAUCAAGAAAUUACCCAACAAACACAAGAAAAGGGACGGCCACAAGAGCAUCGACCUGGGGCCGCCAGAGAGCGCCCUGCACGGCGAGAGCAUAGAUGAGCGGGGCAGAAAGGAGGGCACCCUGUCCAAGUCCUCCUCUGGAAUGCAGAGUGGAGGAGAGGAGGAGCCUGAGGACGACUCGCACACCCCCCUGCCACCCCCCAUGGAGAUCAUCAAGGACCCCUCAUCCCAGGAGGAGAAGUCCUCCGCAUUGCUUACUGCUCGUCAGGGCUCUGCCGAUGUCCCCAGCGCUGCGGAGCUUGUCAGUGCAAUAGAAAAGUUGGUAAAAACUAAGAUGAAUCUGGAGCCAGGUGCCUAUCCCAGCUUCACCACUUUGACUCCUCCAGAGCAGACCAGCCCAGCCCUGCCCAGGAACCCUGAACUGGAGCAGAAGGCCAAAGCUCUGCGUGGACGCAUGUUUGUCCUCAAUGAGCUGGUACAGACGGAGAAGGAUUAUGUCAAGGAUUUGGGGAUUGUAGUGGAGGAGUUCAUGAAGAAGAUGGAGGAGAAGGGAGUCCCUGAAGAUAUGAAAGGAAAAGACAAAAUCGUUUUUGGGAAUAUUCACCAGAUUUACGACUGGCACAGAGAUUUUUUUGUCGGUGAGCUGGAGAAAUGUCUUGAAGACAGCGAACACCUUCCUGAGCUUUUCAUAAAACAUGAGAGGCGACUACACAUGUAUGUGGUUUACUGCCAGAACAAGCCCAAGUCUGAAUUCAUCGUCGCUGAGUAUGACACAUUCUUCGAGGGCGUACAGCAAGAGAUCAGUUCAAGACUGGGCAUAAGUGACUUUCUCAUAAAGCCAAUUCAGAGAAUUACCAAGUAUCAGCUACUUCUAAAGGACUUCUUGAAGUAUAGUUCCAAAGCAGGACUAGAUUGCCAAGAGAUGGAGAAAGCAGUUGGUUUAAUGUCCCAGGUCCCCAAGCUGUGCAAUGACAUGAUGAAUCUUGGCAGACUACAAGGCUACGAGGGUAAGCUCACCAGCCAGGGUAAGCUGCUGCAGCAGGAGACGUUCUUCGUGACAGAGCAGGACACAGGCGUGCUGUCGCGCAGCAAGGAGCGCAGGGUCUUCCUGUUUGAGCAGAUUGUCAUCUUCAGCGAGCUCCUCCGCAAGGGCUCGUCCACGCCGGGCUACCAGUUCAAGAAGAGCAUCAAGGUGAGCUACCUGGGCUUGGAGGAGCACGUGGACAACGACCCUUGUAAGUUUGUGCUGUCGUGUCGAGGCUCGGCCGAGCGCUUCACCCUGCAGGCAGCCAACCUGGACAUCAAGCAGGUGUGGGUCCAACAUGUCAGCCAGGUCCUGGAUGCCCAGAGCAACUUCCUGUCUGCCCUGCAGUCUCCUAUUGAGUACCAGAAGGAGAAGGGUAGUUCUCACUCCCUCACCAGAAACCCGUCCGGCAGCCGGCCUCCUAGUUCCAACAGUAGGCCCCUCUCCACCUCCUCUGUGGGGGCAGAGAAGCCCCCCCUGGUGGGACCGGGAAGGACCCCCACCCCUCUCGAGCUAUCUACUUCCAACGGUAGCGCCUGCUUCGACCCCACGAAACACAGUGAAAGCUACGACUCCACCAGCCAGCAUGACAGCGUUGGAUGUAACGGCAUGUCCUCCACCAUGAUGGUGACCCAGGACUACAGUGCACUGAAGGAGAAUGAGAUCUGUGUGAUCCAGGGCGAGAUGGUGCAGAUCAUGGCCACCAACCAGCAGAACAUGUACCUAGUUUACCGGCCCGCCAACAGCCAGUCUCCUGCAGCCGAGGGCUGGAUCCCAGGCCACAUCCUGGGCCCCCUCACUAAAACGCUCAAAGACAGUGCUGCUGACGCAAGCAUCAAGAAAUCUCUUUCAUGGAAUACCCUGCGCUCAAGAAAGCGGGCAGAAAAGGAUAUCAGUGGCAAGGGUGGUGAUGCAAAGGUUGAGAAUGGACUCCGUAAGCCCAAGGAGAUUCUCAGCACCAAGGUCACUGUCGAAGAGUCAAACAGCUCAGAGGAGUCAGAUUGCGAUGAUGAACUCCCCAAAACUAGCAUGGAGAUAAUGAACCCCAAUUUUAUACAAGAAGUGGCUCCAGAAUUCCUGAUACCACUAGCUGAUGUGACGUGUGCAUUUGGGGAGACGGUGGUCUUGUGCUGUAAAGUGUGUGGACGUCCCAAACCCAACAUCACUCUGAAAGGACCUGAUCAGAGCCCGGUUGUCAACAACAGUCGGUUCACUAUCAACAUUAGGGAUACGGGUGACAUUCUGCUGAAGAUCUGUAACCUGAUGCCCCAGGACACUGGCAUCUACACCUGUGUGGCUGUCAACGACCAUGGCACUGCCUCCUCCUCCGCCUCUAUCAAAGUACAAGGUAUACCAACAGCACCUGCGAGGCCCGUGGCCCAGGAGGCCAGUAGCAAUGCAGUGAUCGUCCACUGGCUCCCCCCUGCCAGCUCAGCUAGCUGUGCCGUGUCCAGCUACACAGUAGAGUACAGGCAGGAAGACUCCCUAGUGUGGCAGCAGUCAGUGGUCUCUACGGUAGAUGUGUGUGUUAAGAUUGAAGAUCUCAUUCCUGGGGGGCACUACCAGUUCCGGGUCAGUGCCAGUAACCCCUGGGGGGUCAGUCCGCCCAGCGAGCCCUCCAACAUGGUGACCCUGCCCAGCGGGACUUCCACAAAUGAUGGAAUGGGCAUUCAGUGGAAAGACAACUUUGAAUCGAGUUUCACAGAAAUGUGUGAGAUCGGACGGGGCCGAUUCUCUGUAGUGAGAAAGUGUCUGAACAAGGCCAGUAAGAAGGAGGUGGCUGUGAAGUACGUCACUAAGAAGAUGCAAAGGAAGGAGCAAGUGGCCCACGAGGCAGACAUCUUGAGCCACGUCCAGCAUCCUCAGCUGGUGGCUCUGACUGACACCUAUGAGUCCCCCACCUCCCUCAUGUUGGUCUUCGAGCUGCUGGAGGGUGGGAGGCUGCUGGACUACCUGGUGGCCCAUGAUGAGCUGAUGGAGGAGAAGGUGGCCUUCUUUGUGAAGGACACCUUAGAGGCUUUGCAGCACCUCCACACCUGCAGAGUGGCCCAUCUAGACCUAAAGCCUGAGAACCUCCUGGUGGAUCUCCACGUGCCUGUUCCUUCUAUCAAGCUCAUAGAUUUAGGAGAUGCGGUCCAGGUGUCUGGUCACCGUUAUGUCCACCUUCUCCUGGGUAACCCCGAGUUUGCGGCUCCCGAGCUGAUCCAGGGCACAGCAGUGUCCCUGAGCACUGACGUGUGGAGCGCCGGGGUUCUGGCCUACGUCAUGCUGAGCGGCGUCUCGCCCUUCCUGGACGAGAGCCUGGAGGAGACGUGCGUCAACAUCUGCAAGCUGGACUUCUGCUUCCCAGAGGACUACUUCCAGGGAGUGAGCCAGGCAGCCAGGGACUUCAUCUGCUCUACCCUGCAGCAGGACCCCCGGAAGAGGCCCAGUGCCACCAUCUGUCUUCAACACCCCUGGGUGAGUGCCCACAGUGGAGACUACUCCAAGACCCCACUGGACACGGGCCGCCUGGCCUCCUUCAUCGACAGACGGAGACAGCUACACGACGUGCGCCCUGUCACCAACAUCAAGGGACUAUUGACCAGCAGCAUGGGACACACCCUAUGAUCACCCUGUGAACAGCCAAUUAACACCCUAUGAACACAACACAAAAAGGUGAAACGAAAACACUCUAUAAGUAGUACUACAGGGGUGUAUUCACUAGGCACUCCACAGAACCAAACAGAAGUAAACUGAACCAAACGGGGAGGGACCUACCUGAAUUUGUCCAAUAGAAACUAGUUUUCAUUGCUAAACAAAACUGUUUGCAACUGUUUGGACUAAUGAUUACACCCCAGGGCUCUGCCAUUGAAACAUGAUUUCCCAUCAAAACGUAACUCUGGAUAGUGGAUAAUACUGUAACUUGUCAACAAACAUGUUGUGUGAAUAUCAUUACUGUGUUCAAGAUGCCAGAAGACAAGACAUUGGCAUUCGAUUCAUUGAGAUGUUUCAGAGCUGUAGUAUGAAGCCCUACCACUCUUGUGGUGUCCAUGUAUUGUAAAUGCCAACAUCUUAAUAUAUCAUCCUUGGAAAUGAUUAACUAACUAUCAGAGAAAGAUCUAUGAAUGGUAGUAUAACUGUUGAAUGUAAUUUAUUGUAGAAUGUGGUCAACCUUUGAAGAAGUGCUAUUGUAUGUGAAGAAAUAUUCAGUGUUGAUCCCUUAGAGUGUAGAUAUAGUAUAAUGGCUAUUUUUCCAAUGGUACGGUUUGAGAUAUGAAUUAAAGAAUUUAACACGA